AUGCCUUCCAGGCCCCUGCGCACCUUUAGCAUCCAGCUCUGUCUAGUUGAAACUGCUGAGAUCUUUUCAGUGCCUCAAUGCCAAAAUGAUUUGACUCUGAAGAAGCUUAAAUCACAUUUAGAACUCUUGACUGGGAUCCCCUUUCACUUCCAGCGACUUCAGUACCUGGAUGAAGCAGAUCUGCCAGAUGAGUCUACAUUUAAGGACAAUGACAUUGUCCCUGGUGGAAGGAUCAAAAUGCGCACCUGGCGGCACGAUGGCUGGGGACACCUGGUGGCAGCUGCUGCAGAAGGAGAUACUGACAAGCUAGCCCAUCUGGGAGUUACGGAGGACUCUGCAGGCACCACACCAAAUGCAGAGUUACUGGGACCAGAGCAGAAAAAGGACUGGGUAGCACACCGAGCUUUUGUGGCACUGUUCAUUGCCGUCCACAGAGGUCACAUUGAAACUGCCAAGUUUCUGCUGAUAAAUGGUGCGGAUCUGCACGCUAAGACCCCUCUCGGAAGGACGGCCCUUCACGUCGCUGCUGCCAUGGGCCGCUGUGACUGUAUCGAGCUGCUCCUGAGCUGGGGGGCACAAGCUCUGGUCCCGGACGACGAGGGAGAGACUGCAGUCAGCUUGGCCCGUCUGUGGGGCCAGAAGCAGAGCCAGGACAUCCUGAGCCGCUCCCCUCGCCCUCUGCCGCCCUCCCGCCCCCUCACUCGGGCCUUGCAGCCGACGUCUGCUCCCACCUCCUGA